AUGGGCAAAGAGGAAACUGGUAGGCCAUCCAUGCCUUCUACAUCGACCCAGGGAUAUCAUGGUACUGGAAAUCCAUAUAACCUGCCAUAUAUGAUGCCUACAUAUCCAAAUCCAUAUCCGUAUACUUGGGGUAGCCAGCAUUUGGCAAUGCCACCCUUUGGGCCAACCAUGCCAUACCCUCCGUCAACUAAUCCGGAGGAGCUGAGACUAGGUGAAGAUACAACGCAGCAUUCAUCCAUGCCACAUGACGAACCAACUAUGCCAUUUAGUGUCGAAAGUGAGAAGAAUGUUGGAGAAACUUCACCUGACAAAAGUUUAUCCCCAAAUGUGGAGGAUCAGUUUGAAGUAUCAGAUGAAGAUAAUAAAGUUGAGCCUCCAAAAGCUGGUAUGAAAUUUGGGUCUGAUAAAGAGGUUUUAUCAUAUUAUAAACGAUAUGCCAAACAAGAGGGUUUUGGGGUUAUUAUAAGAAGGACGAAGAGAGAUAUAGAUGGGAAUGCAAGGUAUGUGACGAUUGCCUGUGCACGUGGCGGCAGGUACUAUCCAUGCCAUAGUAACUUAUCAAAGCCACGACCAACGACAAAAACGGAUUGUAAGGCGAAGGUUAAUGCUCGCCUAGUGAAUGGGGAAUGGGUGGUGACCAGUGUCGAGCUUGUUCACAAUCAUAGUACUGUUAGCCCUAAAAAAGCAAGAUUUUUUAGAUCUCACAAAAAUUUAGAUGAAUACAGUCAGAGGAUGCUUGACUUGAAUGAUAGAGCAGGUAUUCAGAUGCAUAAAAAUUUCAACGCACUUGUGACUGAUGCCGGGGGGUAUGAGAACUUAGAUUUCCAAGAGAAAGAUUGUAGAAAUUUUAUUGACAGAGCUCGACAUUUGAGAAUGGGUAAAGGAGGUGGGGAAGCACUGAACGACUAUUUUAAGAGAAUGAGGAAAAUGAAUGAUGGCUUUGUGUCCGUCAUGGAUGUGGAUGAUGAGUUUAGAGUUAGGAAUGUCUUUUGGGCUGACGCAAGAAGUCGAGCUGCGUAUGAGUAUUUUGGUGAUGUGAUCACGCUCGAUACGACAUACCUCACAAACAGGUACGGAAUGCCAUUUGCUCCCUUCGUUGGUGUCAACACUACGGACAGUCCAUACUUUUAG